UUAUUUAGAUGAAAGUUGGAUUACUUUGUAGCAUUGUUUGGUAUAGGAUACAGGAAAAACAGGGAGAGAAAGUAGAGGUGGAUUGAAUCCAUUUUAGUAUUGUAUUUGCAAUAAAUAGAUUGCGAUAUGCACAAUUAACCUUUCUUAAUAUUAGAAGGUAUUUUAUAGUUAAUAUUAUCGUAAGUCUGGUCCAUGGCGGGUUCAUGGUGAGGGGUUGAGGGCAAGCUUUUUGACUUGAAGCCAUUCAUAAGUAAUAUGACCACAAAAUCCGGAUGCCUCCACAUGGAGAGGGACAUAGGACCAAGUCAACGUAACAUGAUGACUGAAUCUAUAUUUGAAAAAUAUAAUAUUAAUAAAUAAAAAAAAAAGAUGCCACGUGUUAAUUAAGGAGCAAGACGAGUUAUAAGCAAAUUUAAACGGAUAAUUUGGCUGGUCAUAAUCCCAAAGCAAGCCGUAGCCUCUCAUACUUUUCCAUCCCAACCAAAAUUAAGGAAACUUCGUCUUUCGUCCAUUUGUAGCUUACACUUCCUGCCUUUGUCACCUUCUGUCUCUUCCUCCUCCUCCCUCAUUAGACAGAAGGUGAUGAAGAGCAUCUGCAAUGUGAAGCCCCAAAGCCCCCAACACACCUUCAAUACAAGAAGAAAAACCAAAUACCUUCUCUAAUUUUCUUAAAUAACCAUAUAUAACUGGCCAGCUUUGUGCAUAUAUAUAUAUAUAUAUAUACACACACACAUGGUUUUCUUCAUCUAAUUUGAUUUUGUUUGGAUUUUGGAAUUUCAUUAGAUUUAAAUUUUUUUUUUAAGAUAAACCCAUUUUGCAGCCGAGGCAGUUAAAGAUCUGUUGUAUCUGUGUAUUUAUCUAUCUGUAUAGUAUUACUAUUUUUAUUCAGCCAAGAUGAACGAUUUAUUCUCCAGCUCGUUUAAGAAAUAUACGGACCUGAAACAGCAGGCCCAGAUGGACGACAUGGAAGCAGGGAAAGAGAGUGCUAAUCUGGACAAAUUCUUCGAAGAUGUGGAGAAUGUGAAGGAUGAGAUGAGAGCCGUGGAGAAGCUUUACAGGAGGUUACAGGAAUCCAAUGAAGAAAGCAAGAUCGUCCACAAUGCAAAAACAAUGAAAGAGCUUCGUUCCAAGAUGGAUUCGGACGUCGAACAGGUCCUUAAAAGGGUAAAGAUGAUCAAAGGGAAGCUCGAAGCCUUAGAACGUUCCAAUGCAGCUCAGAGAAACCUUCCUGGUUGUGGUCCUGGUUCAUCUGCAGAUCGAACCAGGACUUCGGUUGUAGGUGGUUUGGGGAAGAAACUGAGAGAUAUGAUGAAUGACUUUCAGGGCUUACGAGCAAGGAUGAACACUGAGUACAAAGAAACAGUGGAGCGAAGGUAUUUCACCAUUACAGGAGAGAAAGCAAGCGAGGAGACCAUUGAGAAUUUGAUAUCGAGCGGGGAAAGUGAGAGUUUCUUGCAAAAGGCCAUUCAGGAACAGGGUAGGGGACAAAUAUUGGAUACCAUUUCUGAGAUUCAAGAAAGACAUGACGCUGUGAAGGAGAUAGAAAAGAACCUGAUUGAGCUUCAUCAGCUUUUCUUGGACAUGGCGGCUUUGGUUGAAGCUCAGGGUCACCAGCUCAAUGACAUAGAGAGCCAUGUGGCGCAUGCUAGUUCUUUUGUGAGACGUGGAACUGAUAACCUUCAGGAGGCAAGGGAGUACCAGAAGGGCUCCAGGAAAUGGACGUGCAUCGCCAUAGUACUUGGUAUAGUGCUUGUCGUUGUCCUCCUUUUUCCACUCUUAACGGCAGUUUUGCCUCAUUUUUUGUAGGGAAAGAAGAGAAAACACUUUUGUUUAUGGGGUUUCCACCAAAAAAGAUACUGAUCAUAGUUAGAAACUUACACAGCAAAUUAUUCAAAAGGAAAUUAAUUAAGCAAGUUUUUCUUUC